CAAUCGGAGGGGCGGCGGGCGGCAGUUGGUGCGGCUGGAGCGGCGCGGUCGGAACGCUGGGCGGUUGCUCGCUCUCCUUGGCGCUCCGCGCACUUUCCUUCGCUGCCGGCCAGCGCCGAAGCCGGCGGCUCGCGGCGUUCCGGACCCUCCAGGAACAAUCAAUACAGAAAUCCAUCUGAAAAUCUGGAGAGAGAAUUUGGGGAAUGGUUGUCUCCUUUCAACAGUUACUGGUUGAUACACAGUUUUGAAGGUGUUUAAGCUCUGAAUACUUGCAAGCUCUCCUUACAUAGAAAUGUCUGGCUCAUACGAUGAUUCUGUUGGAGUAGAAGUUUCCAGUGAUAGCUUCUGGGAGGUUGGAAAUUACAAGCGGACAGUAAAACGAAUUGAUGAUGGUCACAGACUUUGCAAUGAUCUCAUGAAUUGUAUUCAUGAACGGGCACGAAUAGAGAAGGUCUAUGCUCAGCAACUUACAGAAUGGGCAAAAAGAUGGAAACAGCUUGUGGAAAAAGGCCCACAGUAUGGAACAGUAGAAAGGGCUUGGUGUGCUUUUAUGUCAGAAGCUGAAAAAGUGAGUGAACUACAUCUAGAAGUAAAAGGUUCACUGAUGAAUGAAGACUUUGAAAAAAUCAAGAACUGGCAGAAGGAAGCCUUUCAUAAGCAAAUGAUGGGAGGAUUUAAGGAAACCAAAGAAGCAGAAGAUGGAUUUAGGAAAGCUCAGAAACCCUGGGCAAAAAAGCUGAAAGAGGUGGAAGCUGCAAAGAAAGCAUACCAUGCAGCCUGUAAAGAGGAGAAACUGGCUAUAUCCAGAGAGACAAAUAGCAAAGCCGAUCCAGCGCUAAAUCCUGAACAACUCAAGAAAUUACAAGACAAAGUGGAGAGAAGCAAACAAGAUGUACUAAAGACAAAAGAGAAGUAUGAAAAAUCACUGAAAGAAUUAGAUAAUGCCACUCCUCAAUAUAUGGAAAACAUGGAGCAGGUAUUUGAACAGUGUCAGCAGUUUGAGGAAAAACGCUUACGUUUCUUUCGAGAAGUGUUGCUGGAAGUUCAGAAACACCUUGACUUGUCUAAUGUUGCAAGUUACAAAAAUAUCUACCGUGAACUGGAACAGAACAUCAAAACUGCAGAUGCUGUUGAAGACUUGCGGUGGUUCAGAGCUAAUCAAGGUCCAGGGAUGUCAAUGAAUUGGCCUCAGUUUGAGGAGUGGUCUGCAGAUCUGAAUCGCACUCUCAGCCGAAGAGAAAAGAAGAAAGCUUCUGAUGGAGUGACUCUGACCGGUAUUAAUCAGACGGGAGAUCAAGUUUCACAGCCUAACAAACAUAGCAGCAGUCUUAGUGUCCAGAGUAACACAGUGCAGUCAGUACAAUCAAGUUACAAUCCCUUUGAAGAUGAAGAAGAUACUGGGAGUACUGUCAGUGAAAAGGAGGACAAUAAAAUCAAAAAUGUUAGCAGCUAUGAAAAAAACCAAAGCUACCCUACAGAUUGGUCUGAUGAAGAGUCCAACAAUCCCUUUUCUUCCACUGAUGCAAAUGGAGACACCAAUCCAUUUGAUGAAGAUACUUCUCCUGCAAUGGAGGUGAGAGUGCGUGCACUCUAUGACUAUGAGGGCCAAGAGCAAGAUGAACUCAGCUUUAAAGCAGGGGAUGAGUUAACUAAAAUGGAGAAUGAAGAUGAACAGGGUUGGUGCAAAGGACGUCUGGACAACGGACAAGUUGGUUUAUACCCUGCAAACUAUGUAGAACCAAUCCAGUGACAAAGGACAAAGUUAAUACAGAAGUGUUACAAAAGCUCUGCAGGCCUGUACAGUAUAUAUUUAAACCAAGAGGAAGCUGAAUGAUGUAUAGAAUGUAUAUAUUUUCAUGAAAAGGAGAGAGAGCUCAAUACUGAAAUUGCAGUGAUUUAAAGAGAUAUAGAACUAAUUUCACGUGGUUUUCACAACUUGUGCACAAUGCAAAUGAAAGGGGCUAGGUGGAAAAAGUAGUGAUAGGAAAAAUACUUUUUAAGCUUUUUCUUCCCACAUGGUCUGUUAUUGUGACUCUUAAACAUUUUUGCAUUUCUAUGCUUGUGCCUCAUCCUACCCGAGGUAUGUGGCUUAUGCUGACUUUUGUUUAAUCGGUUAUUUUAAGUGACCUUCCGUAACUUGCAACUUGAAUUUUUAAGAUUAUUAUUAUAGUUAAUUUUCUAUUUGUUCUUAGCAAUGUCUGAAAGAUGCAGUAUUUUUUUAUUUAAAUGCUAUGUAGGUAAGCAUCUUUUUUGUAUGCUUGAUCAAAUAAUACUUAAAUUAUGACAUAGAUUUAGUCAUCAGUUGACUGAAUGAAAACUCCUUCCAUGUUGUAGUAAUCUUUCAAUGUUGUCAGCAUGGCUUGAAGUUGUAAAACAGAUAUUAUAUUUAAUAACUAUCUGUUACAGAAGGUUAUUUGUAGCAGAGAUAUCUGCAGGUGUCAUAGUUUGGGAUUCUGUUAUGAAUGUUGUUUAUAUGGUUUGGCACUUAAAUGAGUUUUCCUUGUAGAUCUUAAGUAGCUCUCUAUAAACAAAAAGAUAAAUCAUACAUAAGCCCCAGAAUACUAGCUAUUUCCAGCACACGUGUGCAGGAGAAAAAAUCCUUCUAACUGCUAAUGAAUUUUUUGGUGAUUUGAAAUGUUAAAUCUGUGAAGACUGAUUUUUUUGAACAAAGAUUGUAAAAUAGACUAAAAUGCUUUUUAUUAAGAGGCUAUCUGUUGUGUAUAUGUACAUAUAAUUUGAUAUUCCAAAAUAUAAAGAGCAUGGCUAUUAGUUAUCAAACCUUUUGAUGUGGAUAAGAUUUAGACUUUUAAGAGUUUAAAUUAUAGGUAUAUUUAAAUCUGCUUUCUUGCCAUAUUCAUUACUGUGCUAUAGACAAAAUAUUCUGUGAUUAGAUUUUCAGAAGUACAGAAAACACACUAACAUACUCAAAAUCUGUAAUGUGGAUAACUUUGUGGGUCAACGUAUAAACUAGCAUUAGUCCUUACAUGGAUUAUUGUAGCAGAACACUGUAAAAACUACAUUUGUUUGCAGUUACAACUCAGUCAUCUGUAACAGUGCCAAAUAGUAUGCAUUUGUGACAUUUAAAACUGGGUUGUAAAUUACAGCAGAUUUGUGUUUAAAAAAAAAAAAUCAAGUAUCAGGUGAGUAGAUAUGCUACUUUAGGAAGCUGCACUGUAAUGAAGCUAACAAAUCUACUUUGAGGUAACUAUUAAACACUGUUGGUAGUUUGGGAUUUUAUUGUUUGCUUUUAAAGUUUAUAGAUAUACUUAGUCAUAAUGUUCAAUGAAUUAAAAUGUGCAAGCUCUGAAAGUGGAUGUAUGUAUGUCUGUCAAGGAAAGCUUAACAUAAUUAUUCAUUCACAAAAUGGUUACUAAAUCUGUCAGGAAUUACUGCUUUUGGUCUCCAUAUUGUAAUAUAUUUUAGAAAACAAUAAAAUCUGUUAAUCUCUUAAAUACACAGAAUGCACUUCAUCUUGCAAUGUAUGUAAAAAUACUCUUAUAAAGCAAAUAGUACAUUUAAUUGCAAUUCAAGCUGACAAAAUCUGUAUUAUUUAAAAGAGCCAUAAGGAUGGGCAUGCCAUUAGUCACUCUGGGCUGCUACAACACAGUGCAAGACACUGCAGCAAAAUGUUUAUGGAAGAAGAGGAGAUUGAUGUCUUCUGUGGGUAUGCAAAAUGUACUACAAGGGUGCUUUCCAUGGUAUAGUCAAGUUUGAUACAGAUUUUUUUGAACAACUAUGCUUUUUUUUGUAAUAUCUGAGUCUCUUCUACCUUCUGUGAGAGAGGUGUUUUUUGGUUUUCUUUUUUGCUAACUGCUAGUGAUUAACAUAGUAGUGUUUGUGAUUGCUAGCCAGAAGUUUGAUCUUGUCUGUCACAUCAGUAUUUUUUAAAUCUAAUUUAAUGAAGUAACCAUAGAGUCUAAGUGGAAGUAACCACGGGAGAUCUCUAGUCCAGUGUCUGAUUUAAAGUACAAUUAACUCUGCAUUCAGACUAGGUUGCUCAAGUCUUUGGAACUGGUCUGGAAAACUUCCAAAGGCUGAUUUCCUCACCUCUCUCUUCAAGCAGUUACAAUGCUUAAUUACCGUUUUAAUGGUGUUCUUUCUCCCCUGGCUUUACCUGCAGUUGGAACCUGUCCUUCUGCAAGACACCACUGUGUCUUGUUCUGCUGUGCUUGAUAAAGCCUGGCUGGUGUCUUGGUAGCCUCCACAUUGGUGCUGGAAGGCUGCUCUUGGGACCCCCAGAAUCACCUCUUCUCCAGGCUGAACAAAUCAUGUUUCCGCAGCCACUCCUCACAGAGCAAGUGUUCCAACCCGCUAAUUUGUAAAGAUAAGCAAGUAUAGUCCAAAGCUAUAUUAAAAUUCUUCUUAAUUUGUUCCUUUUGAGGCUUUGAAAACUUGACACCAAAAUUUUAAGCUCAUUUUUUCCUCAGACUGCUAAUAUACUUGCAGACUACAAUAUGAAAUUAUAAAUACAAAUUUGGUAUACGUAUACAAGAUUGUAAAAGCAAAGCUACACCCUCAAAAUAACCAUGUUGUCACUCUUAACAUCUUGGUAUAACAAUCCAAUCCAUUGCUAUUAUCUAUUGUUGAGAUAUUUGUGGAGUUGGCCUGAUGUACUAAAACUGUUUUUGCCAUAGCUGAGCUGAUUAUUUUUUUCUUUUGUCUUUCUUCCAAUUAAGUCUUUAUUCAUAACACUUGCAAAGAAGAAAAUUAAAGCAGGCUUCACAAUUGGAGAUAAGUAGAAACACUUAGUCUUCAAUGAGGGCACCACUGUAGUCAGAUGAAAUGGUUGCGUGCUAAUCUGAUAUGAUCUGCGUUAUUUUAAAAUAAAAUAGCUGUAUAUUAUUGUAAAACAAAGGAGAAAAGGAAGAAAAUCAAAAAUGAUGUACUGAAGGUUGGAUGUCCAGCAGCAAUACCUCCCGUUCUCCUAGAGUUGCAUCUGUUAAUUUUAAAAAUUAACUCUGAGGUUACAUAAUCAUCUUAUUAAUCUUUCUCCCAACUUUCUGGUUUGGCAGAGUUACUUAUUUACCUCAGAAUAUCAGAGAGCGUGCUAAUUGUGAUCAAUUUGAAGGAAUCUACAGAGCCUGCUCCUGAAAUGUGAGAAUAUGAGAUAUUCCUGAUAAUUUAGGAUACUUUUACUUACUCAUUUUGUUUGAAUGAUAAUUCAAAGAGCAAUUGCAGAGCGUAAGAAAGGUCAUGUGGUAAUUACUGCAGUAGACAAUAGCUUCAUUGUGUUUGACAUCUAACUGUUUACCUGCUGACGGUCAGUAUAUAUCAUUUUCAGCCUGCUUUAUCUCCUUUCUCCUGUUAGAAAUUCAGAUUUCUGUGUGAUAUUACAUUAAUCCUCUAGCUGAAAGUUUCAAAAAUACCAUAAACGGUUCUUGAACCACAGAAUACCUGUGUACACCUGAACUUUUACUGAGCAUUGUCCACAUUUCAGAGGGUGUAGCAACCUCCUUCUCUGCAGAGAAGACUGAUUGUAGUAGGUUAGAUGAAAUCUGUGCCGGUAGCACGUGGGUGCCUUGGGAAGAGCAUAGAUAUAGGACAAUAUACCAUGAUGCUUCAGCCACAGUAUUUAAAGCUGUCAGUGAUCUUUUUCUUUUGUUCUGUGAAAUAAGAAAAACUUGUUUUGAACAUUCCGUUCAUUGCUUUGUCAACUGAACACCAAACUAUUCUUCAUACAGAUGCAGAUGAAGUAGGUCAGCAAAGCGAUCCUGUAAUUAGUUCCAAAAAGACAACCAGUAGCGCUCUUUCUUGUAGCAGCUAAUUGUGACCCCAUUAGAGAAGUGCAGACUGUAUUUUUAUUUUGCAUUUGACUCUGAAAUUUACUUGCUGCUUUAUUACCUACUUAGUAUUAUACAAGAUAUUUCUGGUUUUUUUACUUCUGUAAACGUAAGUAGUUCAGUAUCAAUAAACCACUACCUUUCUAUUCACUUUUCUCACAGAUAAAUAUACAAAUUACAUGUCCUAGCAUGAGUCCUCUGGGCAACACACUGGUAACCUCCCACUGUUUGUUAUGGUAGUCAUUGACUAAUUUAUUAAAUGAUCAUUUCCUUAUUUCAUGGCAAUUUAUUUAGGUUUUUAUGAGGGACAUUAGCAAGAACAUUUUGAAAAUCCAAGUUACCUGUUACCUCAGCUAGAUCACCUCUCUGCAUGACCCAUGAAGCUUUAACUCAACGAAGUAGCAACCAUAUUAAUUGUGACGUAAUUGUGUAUUAUGAUAUAGAUAUUUCUAGAAACCUGAAGCAGAAGAUGCAGAAAUUUGAUUGCCCUGCCAAAGAUUAAAUGCUAUCAUGUGGCCAAUGUAGGUAGGUUUUGCAGUGGGAUGCUGCUUCUAAAUACGACUUUGCAAGUCUCUUGCAUUCCUAAUACAAACAGGUUUACCGAAGCACAGCUAAUAUUGUCUAUGCAGUGGACUUGUCUGAAAAUUACAUUGCUGUAACUUUUUGGCUUUGUACUGGACAAUACAGUUGAGAUGGACUACUUUCAAGAUUAGAAAGCUCCAAGAAACCACCUAUGUGACAAAGUGGUUAUGCUUCUUGAUGUUAUCAGUACAAACAAUACAUUAUUACUAAAUAAAAGUAUAUUAUUGA